AUGUCCGUACGGAAACGUUCCGAAGCCCAUGGAACAGACAGCUUUGUGUCUUACAGAGGCUACUUUUUACCGCCAAAUAUAGAGGAAGCGAGACUUACAAACCGUGAACUGGACAAGUUUGAGCUGACAGACGAGGACUUACUGGUGGUCGGAUUUCCAAAGUCUGGCGCCACUCGCAUGACUCUGCUUCUCCGAGAGAUGUACGACAACUGGGGUCUCAUUGAAGCCGCUGGAAGGAAAGUUGUGGCCCAACUCGAAUGGUCCGUCAGCCAGUUUCAUACUGAGGGGGCUGUUGGUAUAGCUAAAAAAAUGUUUGCCACGGAUCCCACUGAUAUGACAACAAGUCGCCGGUUGAUAAAAACCCGUCUACCUUACCCAAUCGUGCCCGAAAAGCUACGCGAAGGUAAAAUAUGUAAGGUUAUUUAUAUAUCGCGAAACCCUAAAGAUGUGUGCGUCAACUACUAUAGUUUUGAGAAAUCAUCUCUCCCGCUUGGUGAAGACGGCGAGCCAAUACCCUGGGAGGCGUUCGUACAGAACUUCGCCGAAGGACUAGUUGUGUAUGGCCCCUGGUUGAACCACGUGACAGAAUGGCUGAAACACCGCGACGACGACAAUUUCCUGCACGUCUCCUAUGAGGAUCUGAUGCAGAAACCCGACACCGUGAUUCGUACGCUUGCUGAAUUUAUCGGAUACCCAUUGGACGAAGUAGCCGUGAAGAGACUGUCCCGUUUCCGCGCAGACGGCACAGAUAAGGACCCGGAUAUGAAAGGUGUCAAGAAGGGAGUCAUUGGGGAAUGGAAAAAACAUUUCUCCGAGGAACAGAGUAAAAUGUUUGAUCGAGACAUCGGCAUGAUGUUGAAGGCGAAAAACCUGGACUUUUUAUACACACCUUACCAGUGA